AUGUCAAAAUGUGGAGUGAACAGAUAUGCUGAUGACCCAUUUUCACUCAGAAUCUAUGGAGGCCAAAAUGCGAACAAGGGGAUGUGGCCUUGGCAGAUUUCUCUGCGGUUGACCCAUCCUCAAUACGGUCCGUUGGGGCACUGGUGUGGCGGGAUUUUGGUUCAUAGACAGUGGAUCCUGACUGCAGCUCACUGUAUCAUCAAAUCACUACGUCCCUUAUCUUUCGACAGUCCCUUGUUUUCCCUACCCCAGGCAAUCUUUUGGAAAGUGUUGGUGGGAGAGCACCACCAAACUAUACAGGAAGGCACUGAAAAAACAUACAACGUAUCACUUGUUUUGACUUACAAUCGAUUCCAGAACUAUGACGAAGAUAUUGCUAUGAUGAGGUUAUCUGAACCCGUGAAACUAACUGAAUUCGUGCAGCCAAUAUGUCUACCAAAAGAAAACGAAGAAUUUCAAGGUGCUGAAUGUACCGCUACAGGCUGGGGCAAGGUAGAAUAUG